CUGCUGGUGGAGCAAGGGCUCUCAUUGUUCUUAAGUUUUAUAUCGCUAUGCCAACUGCGACUGCUUCUAGCUGCGGAAGGGGUUGCUCGUCUGCAGUCAGCGCCACAGAGAGCAAGCUCACGACAAUUGGCUACUGGCGCUCGGCGAAAGACGAUCAAUUCGAUCUCCCUCUGUGUGACUAUCGAGUCGAUGCGGCCUCAUCUGCUUCAAUAAAGGAGGAACACGUAUGGUAGAGCUCGCAGGCGGGGUUCGGAGGCUGGGAUGAAAUGCUCCGCUCGUGCUGGUCGGCCUCCACAUUCAAAUUCUCCUACCAACCUACCUACUGUUGUACCUCCUUCUGCUCCCUCGGCCCUCCUUUCCUCACUUCAAAUCAAGUUCGGCCACGAUGACCUCCUACCUGCCUCACGACAUCCAGUCUCUACUGCCACGCUCCUCUCCUCAGACGGCUUCCCUUCCAUCCGUGGGCGAAGCAGCGCCCGCCUUCCCGUCCUCGUCGGACAUCAAGAUCGUCCAAGGCGGCUCCAGCGGUCAAGACAUCAACUUUGCCACUCCCAGCAAGGGCACGCUCGUCGCCUUUGUGCGUCAUUGCGGUUGUCCCUUUGCAGAGAAGGAGAUCAAGCUGCUCGGCCAAGUCGACAAGCAGUAUGGCGGGCAAGGAGAGGUGCAAAUCGUCGUCGUGCAGCAUAGCGAUGAGGAGGAGACGAAGAAGUGGUGGGAGAGAAUUGGUGGCGCCACCUCCCUGCCCCAUGCCAUCCUAAUCGCGGACCCGCAACGCACUCUCUACUCGUCCUUUGGCGUGGGCACCCUUGGUUGGGGAGGCCUCUUCUCACGCUCGACGCUCAAGGAGCUGACAGACCUCAAGAACAAUGAGGGCAUCGUAAAUACCACGACGGGCGCAGGUUCGUGGAGAUGGCAGAACUCGGGUGGAUUCGCCGUCGACAGGGAGGGCAAGGUCAGGUGGGUCAAGGUGGCCAAGGAUGCGGGUGAUGUUUGCCCUUACGAUGGAGAGGCUGUCAAGUCGCUGCUCUAGAGUAGAGUAGUGGCAUCAGGUCCCUUACCUUUUACGCCCUGAUCUCUGUGCUCCCCAUGAUACUCUUCUCGAUAUAUCCAGCCGCUGAAGGCUUCCAACGCAGCCGCCCUUGCCUUGUCGAUGUGGAUGGAUGCCUGCCUGCCUACCUGCUUGCUCGCCUGCCUGCCUGCCUCAUCAAGUGAAGAUACCUCCGUGCUGCUCUCUAUGCACCACUAAUCCGGCCUUGGCGGUGGUAGCUUCACUGGAGCUGACGAGCAAAGGCAGCAUCGAAGGUAGGCCGGAUGCGCGGGCUUCGUCGUUGCGCAACACGUCGCGGACGUCCUCCUCGAUCAGGCUCGUCGAUGAAUGUGAGAAAUGACUGCGGGAAUGCUGCGAGAGUUGGCGGCUACCACAACGCUGGCUGCGUUGACCUGACUUCGCCAGACGCAGACGAAGCGGAGUCGAGUCGUAGUUCAGCCCCGCUGCGCGAGAGACAGACCCUGCUGCCAAUUGACAAU